AUGGCGCCAUCUCGCAACCUCCUGUAUGUUGCACUAAUUUCCCUGUCAACUGCCUUACUUGUCGACCAGUACCAUCGUCGACGAAAAACACGCCUUCGUCUUCCGCCCUCCCCUCCAUCCAUUCCAUUCUUUGGUAGCUUGUUUUCAGUCCCUCCAGGCCCCGAGUAUCUAUCAUUCAAGAAACUUGGGGAGGACUUGAACUCGGAUAUAAUUUACCUCCCAAUGUUUGGGCGCCAGUUUAUCAUUCUGAACUCUGCCGAGGCUGUUAACGAACUUCUAGAAAAGCGCUCUGCAAAAUACUCUGAUCGAUCGCCUGCACCCAUGAUGUCCGACCCACGAUUAAUGGGCUGGUCAACAAACGCUGGUAUGAUCGGCUACAAUGAUCUGUGGCGGCACUAUCGUCGGUUAUUCAAUAACUGGUUUAAUACGCGCGCUGUUCCUCAAUUUCAUCAGACGCAAGAAAGCCAAGCUCGUUCUCUCCUUCGUCGCUUGCUCGGGCUCUCGACAGAAGAACAUCCUUUUCCUCAAAUGAGGCACGAGUUCUUUUUCACAUUGGCGUCCACUAUGUUCCAAGUCGGCUAUGGGUAUCAAUUGAAAGGGCUCGAUGACCCAUUUUUUGAAAAUGCCCGCCAAACUAUUCAUAAUUUCACAGAAGCCGCUAUGUUUACUAACUUCUUUGUGAACAUAUUCCCGAUGAUGAUCCAUAUUCCGGACUGGUUCCCCGGCACAGGUUGGAAGCGUACUGGACAUGAGUGGAGGAGGAUUAAAGAAAAGGCUAUGGAAGAACCAUUUCAAUGGACAAAAGCGCAAGUUGCCGCUGGAACAGCCGAGCAUUCGAUUAUCGGCUCUCUAUUGCAAGAGCAUAAACUGGUCUCCCACCUGAGUGAAGAAGAGAGGGACCAUCGACUAAAGGAGCUAGGCUUAAUCAUGUAUUCUGGUGGCGUAGACACGACAUCAAACUUGCUUAUUGGAUUUGUCGCUGCAAUGGUCAUGAACCCAGAGGUUCAGAUCAAGGCCCAACAAGAGAUUGACACCGUACUGGGUGUAGCUGUACUUCCUACUGUGCAAGAUGUCGAAAGGCUGCCCUAUUUAAUGAAUCUGGUCAAGGAGCUUAAGCGAUGGUACCCUGUGGUUCCGACUGCUCUUCCACAUACGUGCUAUGUUGAUGACAAUUAUAGAGGAUACGACAUAAAAAAAGGGUCAAUUAUGAAAUGUUUGGGCAAUCACCCGAGACGAAAGACAUUACAAGAACCCGAGGUGUUUAACCCCGACCGUUUUCUGGACCCCAACUUACCCCUCGCACCUGUGUUUGGGUGGGGACGACGAAAAUGUCCUGGAAUUAAUCUAGGGGAUGGCUCGCUAUCGGUUGCCAUUGCUUCUCUUGUGGCGACAUAUACAUUCUCCAAGAAACGUAAUCCAGACGGAAGCGAAAUCACUCCUAUUAUCGAGUCGGAUACUAAUACAACGGCACUUGAACUGAAACCUUUCGAGUUCCACCUUGAACCUCGCUCCGAGAAGCAUAGGCAACUGAUUCUAGCCGGUCCAGAGUAG